AUGGAGACGCCGAUGAUAGGCACCAUUCUGCAAUUUGUCGUUUUACUCGGCCCAAUUGGCGAUGCUUUGGAAUGCUACGAUUCGUCGUAUCCGGUGCCGCAUCGGCGAUCCGAAUGCGCACCAGAUCAGAUGUGCUAUUCGGAAUACUACGCAAUUAAUCGAAGUGGUCUCAUUCGCCAAUACUACGAUCGAUUUUGUGUUCACAAAUCGCAUUGCCUUUAUCGCGGAAUCGACGAGAGUUGCCCGACGCUUAUCGAUCUCGAUGAGCAAAUGCAGAAUCUAUUUGCGAAACAUCACGCCAAAAGCAAUCCGGGAUCAGUGAAAUAUUCGGAAUUCUGCUGCUGUUCCACCGACUUAUGCAACGAUGUGAACCAUAAAAGAGUCUAUGACAAAUAUGGUCUUCAAAUCACAAUAAGCACCGAUCAAAUAUUCAGCGGAGCACUUCGAAACUCGGCGAAUCUUGUCGGCUUUCUAAUUUUUCUGCUAAUUUUCCGUUAG